UCCGCCUCAGCGCUUGUCAUUCUCCGCGGCGCAGCGGCGAGUGCGGACUGUGGGUGCUCACUUGCUCUCUCGCCUGCCUGCGCUCGGCGAUCUACCCAAAGCCUGAGAGCAGGCGAACGACUCUGCCUCGGCUUCUUUCCUGGAGGAUUUCUUCUUGAGCUGCAGUUCCCCGGGAGCCAGAGACAAGCACCACGGGGCUCGGAGCGCCUCACUCCUGGAACGACCGGCAGCAGCUGCAGCGCUCUGUCCGCGCGCGGUCCGGUGCAACCUCAGCCGCUGCCCUACCUGCCGCCGCCUCGGCGAGUGCCCCGCGCCGGCCCGGGCAGAAUCACGGAGGCUGGUGCAGAGUGGCAGCGCCUGGUCCUGCACCCGCCGACUCCGCCUGGACAGAGAGGGGCCACAAGGACUAAGCGCAGCCGGAGAGCGAUCCCGAAAGAAGGUUGCCCGUCUCUUGUGCCCCACUAAGUUGAUUCCAGUUUCUGAAGUUGCAGGUGGGAAUGGAAGAAAUCAAAAGAUCGUUAUUAUUUCAGCAGUUGGGUGCAUCUUCAGAGCUGGGAAAGUGAUUUGAAGGCCAAGAAAGAAGAGAGGCCUCUCACAACAGCUUUUCAAAGGAAAUACAGUGCCAGAAUUUUGAAUACUUAUUUGGACAAACAUCUCUCCAAGGAGGACUCAGUGCUCUGCCCUCAUGUGACCACCUCUGAAGGCUGAACUUGACGGAUCAGAUUGUGCUGAUUCUGGCUUCCAUCAUGGGGCCCUCCUCCGGGAGCUUGCUGAGCAGUGGACAGGCGCAGGUUGUCCUGUGGGGAAGUCUGGCAGCUGUUGCUACUUUCUUUCUUGUUGCCUUCCUCAUCUUCCUGUGCUUCAGUUGCGACAGAGAGAAGAAGCCAAGACAACACAGUGGGGACGAUGAGAACCUGAUGAACAUGCCUUCAGACAAGGAGAUGUUCAGUCGUUCCAUCACCAGCCUGGCCACAGAUGCCCCUGUGAGCAGUGAACAGAAUGGCGUACUCACCAAUGGUGACAUUCUUUCAGAAGACAGUACUAUGACCUGCAUGCAGCAUUAUGAGGAAGUCCAGACCUCAGCUUCAGAUCUGUUGGAUUCCCAGGAUAGCUCAGGGAAGUCAAAAUGUCAUCAGAGCCGGGAACUGCCCAGAAUUCCUCCUGAUAGUGCAGUGGACACGAUGCUUACAAUGAGAGGGCCAGACGGAGACCAGGGUCUGGGCAUGGAAGGACCCUAUGAAGUGCUCAAGGAUAGUUCCUCCCAAGAAAACAUAGUAGAGGACUGCCUGUAUGAGACUGUGAAAGAAAUCAAGGAGGUGGCAGUCGCUGCACACCUGGGGAAAGGCCACAGCAGCAGGUCUAAGUCAACUUCUGCUUUGAAAGACCUCCCGGGACCCCAAACCAAUGGCAAAGCAGACUUUGCUGAAUAUGCCUCUGUGGAUAGAAACAAAAAAUGUCGACAAAGUGCCGAUGUGGAGACUGUUCUUGGAAAUUCCUGUGAUGCAGAAGAGGAGGCCCCACCCCCUGUCCCCAUUAAACUGCUAGAUGAGAAUGAAAACCUUCAGGAGAAGGAAGAGGGAAAGGCAGGAGACGGAGCCAUGGAAGGGACCAGUGAGACCAACAAGAGACUCAGUUGUUUGUCAUACAAAUCCCGAGAAGAAGACCCCACUCUUACAGAAGAGGAGAUCUCAGCCAUGUAUUCAUCGGUACAUAAACCUGGACAGUCAGGAAAUAAAGCAGGACAGUCACUUGCAGAGCCCGAGUCCGCCUACACCUCUAUCCCAGGAGUCACUCAGAGAUCUCCUUCUUCCUGUAAUGAUCUCUAUGCAACUGUUAAGGACUUCGAGAAAACUCCCAGCGAUGUCAAUAUGAUUCCACCAGUAGGGAAACCCAGUGAGGAGCCUGAGCCCGAGCCUGAUUAUGAAGCAAUACAAACUCUAAGCAGAGAGGAAGAAAGGGCCAGCAUGGAGACCAGUGGCCACCAUGGCAUUUUCCCAAAGGAGAAUGACUAUGAGAGCAUCGGGGACUUGCAACAAUGUAGAGAUAUCACCAGGCUCUAGCAACACGGAAGACCACCCACCCCUGGAACUGUACGAUCAGCCCACUGGGGACAUAUCUUCUAUGGAAGAUAAGAAUCAACAUCAACCUAUAUCCUAUAUGCUGCUGUAGUAAACGGAACGCAAUCAGAUGCCGCAACUAUUUUCCCACUUGUGAAAACAUUGAGGUACACACCUGGGCACACCCAAGAGCAUCAUGUCUGCCUACCCAGGGUUCUGGCACAUCAAGCACAUCUCCCACACAAACCCUCCCCCUCUGUCAAUAGUGUCAUCCUCUUGGUGAAGAAAGUCAAGGUGUAAGGAAGAGCUGUACUCAUCUAGAACCACAACUCCACCUGAAAACUACCAUUCAGAAGAGCCGGGUUGUUCUCUUGUCUUCCCUUUUGCUAUAUGACAUUUCUCCCCUUCAAACCUUCCAAUUGCUAAUAGUUCAUUCCAAGGAAAUUCUUCCAUCAAGUUUGGCCUUUGUCUUCAAAAAGUAUGUGUUUUAAGAUGGUGAGAAAUGUAGUUGCUGACCACCAUCAGGUCACCAAUCCUCUUAAAGAGAGCAACAUCUGGGCAUCGGAACCUAGCAGGUGGACGAGCCUGGGGCAUCCCUUGAGUUUCUUAGAUUUUUUUCAUUCUUUCUGAUUUUGACACCCUAUGUCAGCAGUCUAUCUCCAAGUACUUGAACUCAUUUUUUAGAUACUUAUUUUAUUUUUCUAGUGAAAAAAUAAUUCCCCCAGUAUUUGAAACUCUUCAGUUUUUUUUGUUGUUGUUCCCCUUCUUCUUCCUCUUCUUCUUCAGUAUUUUAAUGACUAUUAUGGUACUUCUUUACUGACUUUAGCCAAGAGUUCAUUUUUCCAAAACAGAGAGCCUUAAUCUCUAUGUUGGGACACUGACCACAUAUCUUGAUGGCAGUCAUGGCAUCCAUCCCUGAAGGGCUGUGGAUUUUAAUGUCAAUUUCUGAUGAUUCUUGCUACUACACUGGCAGUGUGGGGCAUCAAAGGUUAACUGUUGCCCCAAGAUAAUCUAUCUAAAAUUAAAUGUAAACAUUUAUUUUUGUUAUAUACAUUUAUAAGAUGUUUUAUGUUUAAUGUAUAACUUCUAGAAAGUGCCAGAAGAAAAAAUAUAUAUUAACUAUUUUGAUUUUAUGUAUAAUAAUUGAUACUCUCAUUUUGAAAAGACACCAUAAAGCACAUAAGCCAGAUAAUUACAAGUAGUUACCUUUUUUUCUAACCAAGUAUUUAAAACAUUGAAGGUUUUAAAAGACUCAGCUUUUCUAAUUGUACUCAGAGUUCCUGGUCAAAACCACCUGAUUCACUCUAGAAAUCAGUAAAAUAAACACAAAUGGUCAUUUUCAGGUGUUUAUGAUAAGCAAUAUUGGAAAAUCUAAAAUGGUUAAGACUGAUGAAGAAAACAAAAUAUGACUAAGGAUAGUUGUGAAGAUACUAUUAACCUUGUGAAGAUACUAUAAUUUCACUAAGGCUUAGUUACAUUUUUUAAGAAAACUGAUAAAUUAUGUAACUCAGUGCUUGCAAAUGCAAAUUGUCUACAGCAUGUCUAUUUCAUGUUAUAAAGACCAAUGACUAGUGUAACUCGGAUUAAGAGCUCAACCUGGUUUGAAUUUACUCACCACUUUCAAUUGUAUAAGGCUAACAAUGGGAAACCUGAUCAAUUUUUAUUUUCAGAGGAACCUGGUUGAAGAGGUAUGAUGAAGUGUGGGUUACAGACAGAAAGCUUUCCCUACAAUGAUAAAGAAAAGAAAUGAGGUAGUUAUGCUAUGCCACUGUAACAUCUGUGACUUUUCAGACUGAAUAUCUUGCUGGUUUUACUCACUAUGGCUAAGAGUGCACUCAGGCAAAUGAAAUAUCUUGAAAAUUAUAGGGACCAGCUCACUGGCAUGUUUUCGCUACGCCUUACACUCAUGUCUUGAUUUUGUGAUUGUUCUGUUAGACAUUUCUGAAAUUAGAAGGUGAGCUGUGUUCGAGCACCUUAGUUGGUUGUCAAUUUUUCAAUCAGUCUGGCCUUUCCUGUGAAAAUCUCCUGGGCAGAUAUGCAAUCACCUUUGAUUAGAAGAUAAUGGCAGAAUAUCCUUGGAUUAAAAAGUUUGUCAGGAAAGUACAAGGCCCUUUGUCCUUGGUUUUACAUCCUUUGUUGAUUUUCAUGGCUUAGUAGAAUGAGUUUGUGUUUUUAACUUCCUAUCACUUGGUGUUAGUCAUGCCCCUUUUGGGCACCUGGAUCCUUAAAAAUUUUCUUGUAUUUCAUAAUUGUCUGGCUUAUAUGCCAGGGAAAUAGAAUCUAAAGUGUAAAGCUAGUUCAGAGCAAGAAGCUCAUUAUUGUCCUAUAUUGAAAUCUCAUCAUCAGAAUUCCCCCCUAGAAGUUUUUUUAAUGAAGGCUGUAUGUGAUAUAGCCAUUAAAAAAAUUGAAAAAAAAAAAAAAACCUCUUGAUUGGAGAACCACUGCUAAGAAUAAUUUUGGUGUAAUAUGGUAAAGUAUAUAUUUAAAGGAACCACAGAGCACUCAAUACAAAUUCUACGAGUAAGUAUGGCACUGUGUUACGGACUGGGAGGGAGAAGUAGAGGAAACAGGUCUGUUUUCUUGAAUUGUUGAGUACCUGACUGAGGUGUACUUGCUGAUUUGCUAACUCUGCCUUGACCUUGGGUUUUCACAAAUAUCACUACUUUCAUUUUUUUAUAAAGAUCUAUGCUAGCAUCUUGGAGUUGGACCAAAGUAUAUGGUUUCUUUCUAAAAUACUUCACCUUCAACUAAUUCCUACAGUUUGAAUGUAUAAAAAUAAAAAAUUAUAUAUCUUUUAACAUCCAUAUUGUACAUUUAAAUAUAACAAUCUAGAUUAUAUGAAAUUAUACAGAAAGAUGAAAGUAAAAUGUAGGGCUUUUUUUUUUUUUUUUGCCUCAUACCAGAAUUUGAAACUUACCUUGCCCAGUAGUAGGAUAUGUCCCUUGUUUUUUCAAAUAUUUUAAGAAUGCAAAAUAAUUUUAUGCAACAUUUAAUGUUUCUCAGAUAUCUCUGUUGGGAAAUAGAUUAUGAGUUGUUUCAUGGGAAAUGUUUGAGAAAAUUCGAAGUUCUAGGCAAAAGUAAUCAUUUACAAAUACUCUGACUAUUUUUUUUUCUGGUCUGGCACUAAAUUACAUCAUUAAGUCUACUGGAGUUUUGAUGUUACUGCUCUCUCCUUUGUGGGGAAAAAGACUAAUUACUGAUUUAUCUGCCCUCAAUGCAAAAAUUAACUCUAAUUGAGUGCUAAAUUAACAGUAGGUGGUCAACACAAAGAACUAAAAUUUAACCUCAGAUGUUACUACAGUUCUUUCUCACAUUUGAUAUUCAUUUUUCUGACUAGACUUGUUUUAAGCAGUAACAACCUAUAUGCAUAUAUAUCAUAUACAUAUGUAAGCAGAUGUUCUGGUGCUAGUUAGAAUGCAUCCUAUUGUCCAUUUUAAAUGAAUAUCCUGUAGUGUGGUAACUAUUACCAUUAAAGCAGCACUAGAAGAAAGAGUUCUCUGCUAGUGUUCAUUUAAUAAUUCCAGAAAACCUUACGGAGUUGCUCUCAUUUAAUUUUUCUAGUACUUUCAGAUUCUAAAUUGUGUCCUUAAUUCUCUUAGCUGAAAAAUAGUGGUUAUUUGCAAUAGUUUGAUUAUACAUGUGACUCACUACAUAGUCUAGCUGACAGUAAAUAUUAAUUGAUAUCCUUAGAUAGCUUUUUGAGAAGAGAGUUAACCAAAAGCAACAAGAGAGUAACUGUGAGCCAGGAAAGGACCUGAGCAGAGGCCCCAGCCCACCAGGUAGUAGAGCAGAGGUAUAUUAUCACGUGCUGGCUUUUUAUUUCAUUCUUUUUAGAAACCACAAGAUUUUUACCACACAGAAUCAACAGCAAGUGGUGUGGUAUGGGGUGCAAAAGCUGCUCGAAGCUGAUGAUAUGGCUAAAAUCACAGAGCUUCAGUCCAAGACUGAAUUAGGAUUUUGUAAAUGAGUAAGUGACAUAUUGCCGACGCUCUUUGUCUUAGUUACUGUGAGUCUUUGUGAUCUAGUGCUGCUAAUUCUCUAAAAAGUGUUCAUUUCUAGUGCCUGGUGAGCUUAGCUUUGGUUGUUGGAAGUGCAGUAGUACUGAUGGUUCCCUCCUGGAAAUCUUGACAGGCUUCUUGUACUGUGUAAUUGAGGUAAGUUGAAGUGUAAUGUUCAGUGUUAAUAAGUGACUGAUGUGAAGAUAGGAACAAGUUAUCAAAUAUGGCGUUAUUUUUAGUGAAAUCUAAAUUCCUUGUCCUAUAGUAGCACUUUUUCUCUGUGUUGUACUUUUUCUUAAAGACAUUAUUCUUGAUAGUGACAUUAGUCAAAUUGGAUGCAUUAGAAUGUGUUUGACUAAGAGACUGGUCCUGUAACCAUGAUAAAUUAGAGCCUUCAUCUCAAAACAACAAUGUCAAUUUAAAAAAUCAUGGGCUAGAAGAGAACAUUCUUUUCUUUUUUCUUUCUUUCUUUCUUUCUUUCUUUUUUUUAAUCUUUCUUCUACUGCUUGUUUUUAAGUCUGUGUUUACAUCCAGUCUCUAGCAUUUAUAAAAUGCUUCACUAUUUUCCUGGGAUUUUUUUUUUCUUAAUUUAGAAAUAGUUCUGAUUCCUCUUGAUAGAUAAAAUGAGAAUUGCAGUUUUUCUUUAAAAGUUACUGUUUAAAAGUGUCCAUCUUGGUGGGGGGGGGGUAGAUAGCUUAAUGAUUAUGCAAAGAGACAGUCAUGUCUGAGGCUCCAAAGUCCCAGAUUUAAUACCCCACACCACCAUAAACCA